UUGUCAGUCAUUACAGUUACAGGGCUUUCUUCCUGGUAGCAGUUGAGAACGCACUGUUUGGACAACUUUAGUUUCACAGAUAAGGAGAAGGAGGGUAUGAGUGAGUAAGGAAGGGGUUAAUCAGAAAUUUUAAUUUGAGUUUAUCUUUUUUAUUUUGCAUGGCAAAGAAGAUCUGAGAACACUGAAAAAACAAAUGACUGAAAAUGAACAACUUGUCCUUUGACGAUACAUCGCUGGACAAUUUGGAUCCUACUCUGACUCUAAAUGAACCCAAUGAUAUUGACACAGCCCUCCUGAGCGAUAUAGAUGAUAUGCUACAGCUGAUCAACAACCAGGAUGUGGAGUUCCCUGGCUUGUUUGACCACCAUCACUUUGGAGGGAACGUGCCCACCCAGGAGACCACCCCUCCACCCGUCCUGCAUGUUCAGGGCUCCCUCGGCACAGUGAACACACCUAUACUGAACUCGUACCUGGACAGUACCAACAAGCAGACAGCAGCCCCCACUACUGCUGCUGCAGCCAAGCUGUACCAGAGCCCCCUCACCCAGCCCCAAUUCCAGCCCGAGCCAGCCUUCCAGCAUCCCCAGGCACCCCUAAUGAUGCCUGUACCCCCUGCCCAAGACCUUGUCCAGCCAGCUGUCAAACAGGAGCCCAAAAAACAGCAGCAGGGAGCGCCGUUGCAGAUACAGAAACCUCUGCAACAACAACAGCAGCAGCAGCAGCAUCAACCCCAGCAGCCACAGCUUCAGCAGGCCCCACCAUCCACCAGCAUGAUGACCCCGAACUUUACAGCUCCCCAAAGGUCCCAGUCACCGUUCACCCACCAGCUGCAGCCACAGCCUCUCAUCAGCUGCCAGAACCAGGGAGGCUUCAGCACGGUACACCAGGGAGUCACCUCCCAGCCACUCCCCUGCAUCUCCGCCUCCCCCCAGCAGAUCCAGCCAAUGACCAUCCAGACUCACAUCCAGAACAUCUCCCCUCAGCAGCUAUUGGCCGCGGUGGCCACCACUGAUUCCACCCAGCGCGUCCCCACACAGGUCCAGCAGGUCCCAGGAAGCAGCUCAAUGGUGCUGCUUCAGCCCCAGUUCAUCCAGACAGACUCACUGCUCCUCACUGCUCUCAAGCCGGAUGGCAGCUCUGUGGUGACAACAGUCAAGUCCCCGUGCGUCACUACGCUGACCACCUCGACCACCCCGGCUCUGAUGAGCGGAAGCACCUUUCUGACCACAGUGCCGCUGGUGAUGGACGCUGACAAACUGCCCAUCAACCGGAUCACAGUGAAUGGCAAGCCCUCCGGCAUGCCAAUCAAAGGGGAGAAACGCACCGCGCACAACGCCAUCGAGAAGCGCUACCGCUCCUCCAUCAACGACAAGAUCAUCGAGCUCAAAGACCUAGUCGUGGGAACAGAAGCAAAGCUCAACAAAUCGGCUGUUUUGAGGAAAGCCAUCGAUUAUAUCCGGUUCCUGCAUCAGUCUAAUCAGAAGCUCAAACGGGAAAACAUGGCGCUGAAAAUGGCAACGCAGAAGAACAAGUCCCUGAAGGACCUGGUGGCCUCAGCGGGGGUCAGCAUGGAGGUUGAGGUGGAGGAGAUCAAGCCGGAGGCUACAGAGUUGCCCACCCCCCCACCCUCGGAUGCUGGCUCUCCCACCCAUGGCAGCCCCUUCUCCCAUUGCAGCAGUGACUCGGAGCCCGACAGCCCCAUGUCCGAGGACCCCAUGGCUAGUGUGAAGCAGGAGCUGGCCUCCCCCGCCACCUUGGGCAUGCUGGACCGGUCCCGCAUGGCUCUGUGCGUGUUCGCCUUCCUCUUCCUGUCCCUUAACCCACUGGCCUCUCUGAUGGGCGACUCUGGCGGCUACGGCUCUCUGGACAGCACUGAUUAUCAUGGCACUGGGAGGAGCAUGCUGGGGCACUCCCUAGGGAAGUCCUCUGGCUGGCUGGAUUGGGUGUUGCCCACACUCUUCCUGUGGCUCAUCAAUGGCGUUCUGGUCCUUGUUGUCUUUGUCAAGCUCUUUAUCUAUGGGGAGCCUGUGACACGUCUGCACUCGGGCUCCUCUGUUCUCUUUUGGAGGCAUCGCAAACAGGCUGACCUGGACCUUGCCAGGGGUGACUUUGCGCAGGCCUCUCAGAACCUGUGGACAUGCCUAAAAGCCCUGGGCCGGCCCCAGCCCACCUCGCACCUGGACCUGGCCUGCAGUCUGAUGUGGUCGCUGGUGCGCCUGGUCCUGCAGCGGCUGUGGGUGGGCUGCUGGCUGGCAGGGAGGGCAGGGGGGCUGUGGCGGGACCGCGAGCUGCAGGAUGACGUGAGGAAGAGCAGCAGAGACGCUGCCCUCGUCUACCACAGACUGCACCAGCUCCACAUGACAGGCAAGCUAGGUGGCAGUCAUCUUGCAGCCAUCAACAUGGCACUGAGCGCAGUGAACCUGGCAGAAUGUGCGGGGGAUGCCCUCUCUGUGGCAACGCUGUCUGAAAUUUACGUCUCGGCCGCGCUGCGCAUCAAAACCAGCCUGCCCAGGGGACUGCACUACAUAUCUAGGUUCUUCCUGAGCAGCGCCAGGCAGGUGUGUCUGUCUCCAAGUGGCACUGUGCCACCUGCCAUGCAGUGGCUCUGCCACCCCCUGGGACAUCGCUUCUUUGUGGAUGGGGACUGGGCGGUCCGCAGCACCCCACGCGAUAGUAUCUACAGCAUUGCUGGGAACUCUGUUGACCCCCUAGCCCAGGUGACACAGGCGUUCCGGGAGCACCUGCUGGAGAAAGCUCUGUACUGCAUUGCCAAGCCAGAGAACGAGAAAGCUCUCACUGAGGGAGAGGGGGAGUUUUCCGAUGCCCUGGAGUAUCUUCAGCUGCUUAAGGGCUGCUCGGAUGCAGCAGGGAUCACAACGCAGGCGUUUGCUAUCGGAUCAAACAUGGCAGCCGUUACUGGUACAGACCCCAUUGCGAAGUGGUGGGCAUCCAUGGUGGUGGUGGCAGUGAACUGGCUGCAGGGGGACGACGAGGCAGCUGAGCGACUCUACCCUAUGGUGGAGUACAUGCCAAAGGUCCUGGACACCACAGAGAACUGUCUGCCCCGGGCGGCUCUGUUUGCCUUCAGAACAGUGCGCACCCUACUGGCCAAGCACGAGAACAGCCAGCUCAGCCUGAACUACUGCGAGAAGGCAAGCGGCUACCUGCGGGACAGCAUCAACAUGGUGCAGUGCAGCAGCAGCAUUGACAAGGCAGUGCAUCUUUUGCUCUGUGACCUCCUGCUAUUGACCCGGACGAACAUGUGGCAGCAGCAGAGCCUGGCACUGAGCAGCAAUCUGCAGGCCUCCCCACUGGAGCUGCGCGGCUUUCAGCAGGACCUGAGCAGCCUGAGGAAACUGGCACAGAGCUUCCGGCCCGCAUUGCGCAGGUUGUUCCUGCAUGAAGCCACAGCCCGGCUGAUGGCAGGCGCCAGUCCCACACGCACUCACCAGCUGUUGGACCGCAGCCUACGGAGGAGGGCCACCCCCAGCUGCAAUGCAGGUGAGUCGGAGACGCGGCCAGGCCGGCGUGAGCAGGCGGAGGCGGUGCUGCUGGCCUGCCGAUACUUGCCUCCCUCCUUCUUGUCGGCUCCAGAGCAGCGCGUGGGCAUGCUGGCAGACGCGGCACGCACACUGGAGAGGCUGGGUGACAAGCGCACGCUGCACAACUGCCAGCAGAUGAUCAUCAAGCUGGGCAGCGGCACCCCCGUCACCUCCACUUAGAGAACGUCCCCAGAAUAAAAACUGAAACUUCAAGCUUGGGUGAUAACCCCCCUUCCAAUGUAAAGGUUUUUUUUAUUAUUGGAGAUUUGACUGAUGUUGGAAAGGGAUUGUAGUUGUUUUAAACUCUCCCUGUUGAAGCGUUCAAAUUGUAUUUAGAAAUUAAGCAAUCUCUUACUUGCUCUUAUUUCCAGUUCUGUAGGGCUGUUUUCUCCCUGGGGUUUGCCAAAUGAGAUGCAUUGUAGCAUCUAAAUAUAUUUGAAUUUCCCUUUGAGAACCUUGCUGCAGUUACAGUAUUUAGCCACCAUGUGGCACUGCAUGCUACAGUUAAGGAAAUAUAAACAUUUAAAGUUAAGGAAAAUUAAAAGUGUUAAACACAUGUUAUUAAUUUCAAAGGGAGAGACUGUGAUUUGUAUUUUUAAGGGAAGGAAGGUUUCACCUGGAAUCUGGUUUCUAGACCAUUCCAGUGUUUCCAUCUUUUUUAUGAAAGUCGACUGAAAUGGGGAAAUUUGUUCAACACUGUAGGCUUAAGAUCAGGGAUCUUAUCAAUUUCGAAACAGCUUAUCACACGCUGGGCCACAUGGCUUUAUCAGGCAAGUAAAGGCUAUAUUUUUCCUUAUAAAUGUUGUACAGAUCUCUCCUCAAUCUGCACUGACCAUUUAAUUAAAAAAGAAAAAAAGAGACAAAAAAACAAACAUACAUUUUCUUGUCAAGCAUUAUUUUCAUAUGGUUUGAUACCUUUUAUUUGUAUAUAUAUCAAAUAUUUAUAAUUUUCUAAGAAUGUUUGAAUGCGGCAAAAUUAUAUUUUGUAGAUGGAUUCUUUCUCUUUUGCUAUUUAUUAGAGCUUAUCUUUAGUUAAUAAUUACAUUUCAUUGUGCGUUCAGUGUGUUGUAAGCACAGGAAGGACUAAAAAACAAGUAAUAUUUCCAAUUGAACAUCAUUACUGUUAAAGCCUCUAAAAAGAGAUAUUUUGAAUGAAAAUGUAUACUUGCUAUAGCCCCUGUGUUAGGCUAUCCUUAUAGCUAUGCCUUGGUGUUGUCAAAGAAUGCUGACUCAUUCUACUAGAUUUCACUUAUUGUUAACAGCUUUACCUGACAUUGGGGUUCUGCUGGAGGACAGUUAUGAUUGGCUAAUCAGACCACAAUGGAUCCAUAAUUCCACUGAACACAAAGUGUCCUUGUUGUAAACCAACACCACACUGCCCCUUGAAAAUGUCCAUAAAUCAAAACAGUUCCCGAGAUUAACACGCUGUGGAUCCUGGUCACAAAACUUUGGGUCUGUUUGAAUUGAUUUCAUAACACUUUGCUAGAACGCUGUUGGCUUCUGAAACACCGUUCUAGAGACGUCUCAUGAAAUGAAUAACCACACCGGUAAUUGGCCGAAGCAGAACAAUGGUCUUGAUGUUACACAGGAAUCAAGAGUUUUGUUACUAGGGUCCGAUUCUGUCAGCAGUUGACUGAAUUCAUAUACCUGCUAGAACAAAGGUUGCAAUAUGCUGGUUAAAUAAAUUGGAAUAACUGUAUUUGUUAGCUUCCUGGGUCUUGUCCUAUACUCCACACGUCUUCCAGCACUGUCAGCUCCGUGGGCAUGCAGAGGCAAAGACUAAUCAUCAGGGGGUGCUAUGUGAUUGAUAACAGUGCUGUGGCUGAUGCAUUUUUGAGCACCCUCAAAGGUUGGCAUGUGUGAGAGCAGCUCCUUGCUGUUUUGUGCAUGGAAGAUGCAAGUGUCUGAUAUUGUGAGCCAGAGCUGUAGCCCCCCUGGAAGUGCAACAAGUCCCUGUUGAAUGUUCAUGUUCAAAACCCAUGUGCAUUCACAGUAGAGUUACAAUAUUUUACAGGAGGGUUGGGGUGCAGGUAAUAAUUAAUACUAUGAAUUAAUUGAUUUUAUCCAUUUAAUUUUUUUUUUUUUUGUUAUAACCAAGGAGUUUUGCACUGUGUGUGUGUGUGUGUGUGUGUGUGUGUGUGUGUGUGUGUGUGUAGUGUGUUUUAUUUAUUGGGCAGAUGUCCAGUGGUCCAGCCAAUCACAAGCAGACAGUAACUUGCAUUCCUGCCAUCAUUUUAAGAUAAUUACUUAUUGUAUUGUGUUCCUGUAUCAGCAAAAUAAAGCUCACCAUAUUUACUUAGAUCCCUCUUUCCUAUGAAUCUAGAUUUUUUAAACAUGCUAUUUCGUAGCACUUGGUUUUAAAUAAAAAUGCACUUUUUAUUACGGUUUAAUAAAGCUGUAGUUCUAUAAUGUACAUUUCAAAAAAAGAAAUUUUUGUAAUUAUUUUUGACUAUGAACUCACUUGCUUCUUAUGAUUCUUUUACUCAUUGAUGUAUUUGAGAAUGUAAAAACAAUUUUGUAACAAGCUGUUAAUAUUAAAUAUUGUUUACAAAAGACAAAAAA